AUGACGAAGACGGACGCGAAUCUCACCGCUCUCUGGGCUCUGAACGCCAUCGACACCCACCACCACCGCCACAUUGUGGAGUCUCCUCCGCCUCCCACCGCCGUUGAAAUCCCCGUCAGCUGUUACCAGCUCAUUGGUGUUCCUGAUCAAGCGGAGAAAGACGAGGUUGUUAAAUCAGUGAUGGAUUUGAAGAGUGCUGAAAUUGAAGAGGGUUACUCCAUGGAUGCUGUUGGAUAUCGCCAGGUUCUCUUAACGGAUGUGAGAGAUAAGCUUCUUUUCGAACCGGAAUAUGCUGGCAAUAUUAAGGAAAAGAUCCCGCCUAAGUCAUCCUUACGGAUCCCUUGGGCAUGGUUGCCAGGUGCUCUUUGCCUUCUUCAAGAGGUUGGGGAAGUUAAACUUGUGCAAGAUAUUGGCCGGGUAGCUGUUCAGCAUCCAGAUGCUAAACCGUAUAAUCACGAUCUACUUCUUUCUAUGGCACUAGCUGAGUGUGCAACUGCGAAGAUGGGUUUUGAAAAGAACAAGGUAUCCCAAGGAUUUGAAGCUCUUGCUCGUGCUCAGUGCCUUCUAAGGAGUAAAAAGUCUCUUGGGAAAAUAUCAUUGUUGUCUCAGAUAGAAGAGUCUUUGGAGGAGCUUGCACCAGCCUGCACAUUGGAACUGCUAGGCAUGCCUCACUCACCAGAGAAUGCUGAAAGAAGACGAGGAGCAAUUGCAGCCUUGCGUGAACUGGUUAGACAAGGGCUUGGUGUGGAAACAUCAUGCCGAGUCCACGACUGGCCAUGCUUCCUGAGCCAAGCACUUAAUAGAUUAAUGGCUGCAGAGAUUGUUGAUCUUCUUCUGUGGGAUGAUUUAGCUAUUACAAGGAAGAAUAAAAAAUCACUUGAGUCGCAGAAUCAAAGGGUUGUAAUUGAUUUCAAUUGCUUCUACAUGGUGUUAAUAGCUCAUAUUGCCCUGGGGUUUUCAAAUAAGCAACCAGAAUUGAUUGACAAAGCAAAAACUAUCUGUGAGUGUCUGAUUGCAUCAGAGGGUUGCGAUCUAAAACUUGAGGAAGCUUUUUGCUUGUUCCUUCUUGGUCAGGGUAAUGAGGCUGCAGUUGUUGAAAAGCUCCAGAAGCUGGAAUCAAAUUCAAGUUCUGCUCCGCAGAUAGCAAUCACAGGGAAGGAUAUUAAGAAUAGUGAUGGUGCAAAGCAAUUGGAAAUGUGGCUGAAGGAUGCUGUCCUUGCUGUCUUUCCAGACUCACGCAAUUGCCCUCCAUCAUUGGCUAACUAUUUUGGUGGUGAAAAAAGAACUCCUGUUAGCAAGAAGAGUAAAUUAGCUCCACAGACUUCACCUAUUUUAAGUCAUAGACCAAUGUCGACUACUCUUGUGUCAGAGCGGAGAGAUUUUGAUGACUCUCUUUCCCACUUGAACUCUUCUCAACAUCUUGGAACAGCUGUUAAACAGUUGGCUCCAACUGAUCUGCAAAGCCCCUUGAUAUUGGGCAAGACAGGUGGUGGGAGCAGUGGUACUGCUGGAUCUGUUCAAAUGAAAAGGAAUCUUGGCAUGCGCCAUGGUAAAGUUUGGGAAGGUUGGCUGAGUAGAGGAUUUCUGGUGGGAAGGAUCACUUUUGUUGCUGUAGUUGGGUGCAUUGUUUUCACUACCUUAAAGUUAACGGGAAUGAAAGGCAGAAGUGCUUCUAAACGAGCCCACAGUAAACCAAAUUUGCACACUAAUUCUGUUGCUUGGACAACAGAUUCAUCUGUAGAUUUUCGUCUAGGCCCUGCUUAUAUCAAGGGAAAUGGAAUCGCUGGUGGACUUAGGAAGUUUUUGAUGACUUUUAUGAAGCGGGCAAGGAACUGUUCAGAUACUGGAAAUUCACCAGUUUCGCGUAUGUUUUCUUCAACUUCUUUGUGCCGGAGGCCAAUGUCUGUUGAGGAAGCGGAAGAUCUUGUCAAGCAAUGGCAAGAAAUUAAAGCUGAAGCUUUGGGGCCCAGCCAUGAAAUUCAGAGCCUCUCUGAAGUCCUUGACGAGUCAAUGCUUGUUCAGUGGCAAGCUUUGGCUGAUGCUGCAAAAGCAAGGUCUUGUUAUUGGAAAUUUGUUUUGCUACAAUUGUCCGUCCUGCGAGCUGAAAUUUUAUCAGAUGAGGUUGGAGAGACAGCAGAAAUUGAGGCUCUGCUGGAGGAAGCAGCCGAACUUGUUAAUGAGUCUGAACAAAAGAACCCAAGUUAUUACAGCACCUAUAGAAUUUGGUAUGUUCUAAGAAGGCAAGAAGAUGGUUCCUGGAGGUUCUGUGAUGGGGAGGUUCAAGCACCAUCAUGACCUUGGCCUCCUGGUUACUGGAAAACUAAACCAGCCAUGCAUGCUGAAUAAUUCUGUGCUAACUCUGGUUCCUCGCAUCUAUAGUUUUUCUUGUAGAGGGACAAUGAAUUAGAAGUGUGGAUUUCAGUUUAGGAAGGUUUUAGCAGAAUGACAAAGGGUUUGGGUAGAUCAGUUUACUUUACUAUCAUGUUGAUAAUUUUCACUUCUAAUGAGCUUUGACAGCAUAGGCAAGAAAUUCUACUUACGGGUUCCCCACAUUUGGUGUGGAUCGGCUCUCUGACAGAUUGGUAGACGUUUUGCAAAGGCAAUUGAAAUGGAAUUGUUUGGCAUGUACCAAAGGAUUCCAUUUGAAAUAGAUUGAAUUC